AGCAGCCAGAGGAGAGAAGAGGAGAUCCAAUAGCCUAAGCCAGACGAGCCCAGGCAAAGACAUGCACGCACAGGCACACAGGCGGAGACACACAGAGUGAGAGAGAGAGAGAGAGAGAGAUACACACACACACACACACAGACAGAAACAGAAGAAGGAGAAGAGAAGAAGAGAGAAGAGAAGCUGAAGCAAGCAAAGAAGCCAGCCAGGCAGCGGCCGAACAUCAGAUCCUGUCUCAGCCGUCUCCCGGACACCACCCGCCAGCCGCAUCCAUCGCCCAAAGCCGUUACGUCCGGCAGACUCUUGGCGCCGGAGUGGGCGAUUGAUUCUUGGAAAGCGCUCGCUGGGCGCCGCUCGUAGUCCGUGGUAGUCGGUCCUGGUGGACCGUCCUGGUGGACCGUCCUGGUGGACCGUCCUGGUGGACCGGGGGGAGUCCAUUGGUCCAUUGGUCCAUUGGUCCACUGACCGGGCACAAAUCAGCACGGCUGAACCGCUGGGUAGGCCUUGACCGGCGCCUUGAUCCUUAAACCCUGGAUUCGCUGGCCGGCCGGUCGACUCGCUCUGGCCGCGCCACCGGUGGCGUCAUGCAUGCCCGCAAAUUGCCUCGCAUCAGCGAGCCCUCCUUUGACCGCGACUAUUAUCACGGAGGGGGCGGGGGCGGUGGUUCCGGCGGCCCCUCGGCCUCCUCGGGUCUCUCCGGAUCUCACGCCCAUUUAGCCUCCGGCUCCUCCGGGACUUCGGGCGGCGGGGGCUAUGAAAGAGGCGGCGGAGGUGGCAGCGCCCACCGUCAUCACCCACACGCCAGCAGUCAUCACCACGCCCACCACCACGAGGGUGGAGGCGGGGGUCGCUAUCACAAGUCCAACAAGCUCAAAUACGGCGGAUAUGGCGAUCAUCGCGAUCGGGAUCGAGAUCGGGACCGGGACCGGGGAGGCGAGCGCGAGCGCGGGGAUCGAGAGCGCAGUUUAGGUGGGCGACGCUCCAUCUCACCCGACACGCCCAAUCGCCGAGGGGGCGGGGAUCACCACCGGAGUUCGUCCAAGCAUUCGCGCGGUGGGCACAAGGACCGCGAUUAUUACGGGGGCGGAUCUUCCUCCAAGUAUCGCGGUGGGAGCAAAGACGAUCGAUCGGGCGGGGAUUACUCGUCGUCCUCGUCCUUAGCAGCCCGAGAUCGCUCGCCCUUGAGUGGUUCGAGUGGGUUGGGCGGGGGCGGCGGGGCCAAAGAUCGCAAGUGGGGCGAGAAUGCCAACAAGUCCUCGUCAGCCUUGAGUCGGAGCGGCUUGGACAAGGACGGCGUGAGCUCGGUGGCCACGGGUUCUGCGCUCGAGUCCAAAGUCAAGAGCGUCUGCGAUUGGUCCGAGCACGUGAGCUCGACGGGCAAGAAGUAUUACUUCAAUUUUAUCACGGAAGUCUCGCAAUGGAAGAAGCCGGCCGAAUGGCUCGAGUAUGAGCGCGGACGAAAUGCCGCGGCCACUGCGGGCUCUUCGGAGACGGGCCCGUCCACGCCUUUGAACGUCACACUGAGCGGCGGUCGAAACUGUGAUAGCAACCACCACUAUUCGUCGUCCAAGCAUCAUGCCUCGUCAAACUCGUCCUCCACAGGGAAUGUCGUGGCCUCGGCGGGUCAUACACCCACUCCGGGGUCCAGUGGCGCAGUCCACUCAUCGCGGUUGACGCAUCGCGAUAGCUCGACUGAUCGUGAGUACAGUGGGUCCGCCGGGGCGGGUCGCGGCACUUAUGAAAACGCCAACGACCACCGCCGAUCGUCGGCCAAGAUGUCCGGGGCCAAUGCCGUACCGCAGGGUUAUUCGGAGAAUCGGGAAACGCGCUCUCGGGACGGAACGCCUACUUGGGAGCAUGAGGACAAUGGCCACGGACACAAUCAUCAUUAUCCCAAUUCCUUGUCAGCCGCCCUGCCGCCCAUGGCAUCGCACGCCUCUGGCUCGGGGAUGAGUGGAGGCGAGUACCGAAGCAACAACUACCAUUCUGCCACGCCCAAUAACGCCUCAUCCGGCUCGUCGUCGGCUGGCGCGUCUUUAUCGACACAGGAUGCUCUCAAAACCUUGCAGUCCGCCUUGAUGAUGAACUCGUCGUCGAAUGUCCAUCACCAUCACUCACAGCCUCAAUCCAACCACCAGCAGCAGCAGCAACAACAACAACAACAACAACAACAACAACAACAACAGCAACAACAACCAUCCCAGCAUCUCCAUCACAACAACCACCACCACUAUCAACCGCAGCCGUCUCAAUCGCAAGGCCACCACAACAACCUUCAUAGCCCACUCACUUCUUCGCCCGGACUCGGCCCACCCACCCCAACUCAUUCAGAGCUAGAUUCAUCCUCGCAACACCCUUCAUCUCUGCCCGUGGGAUCUGGCAACUCCCUGUCCAACAAUCAUCACGCUCAUGCCUCAGGCUCGUCCUCGUCCAUAGGCGUGAGUUCGCUGACGGCUUUGAAUGCCCAAGUCCCGUCUCUGACGCCAUCGCUGGCCAAGCUCUACAAGGACUCCCUGAUUGAGCAUGUCGUGGGCUGGGCGGCCGAAUCUGUUGAGCGAGCGUGUCAGAGGGUUAACGAAGAGCAUAACAACAUCAGUAACCUCGGGAUCACCAAAGUAUCAGCCGAGUUGAAGAUGGCGCGUUCGUUGGUGCGGCUCGCGGAGAUCCAGGCCACGCUCCAAGAGCAACGGAUUUUGUUCUUACGUCAGCAGUCGAUCGACUUGGACAAUAUGAAGACCCGAAGCAGCGCGUCUGUCUCGUCAUAUUCUUCCUACCUUCCUCAACCCGCGUCGUCCUCGAUAUCAACGCUAGUGCAUCAUAGCUCCCACCCAGACCACGGGGGGUCAGCUCCGAGUGAAAGCUCGAACCACAAUCAUUCCUCCCACCACCAUUCUCACGCCCCCCACUCCCACCACCUCAAUCAGUCUUCAUUCAGUCAGUCUUCAGCGCUCCCCGUGAGCACCUCGCACCAUUUGCAUCCGUUUUCCGCGGCUGGAGCUUUGCACUCUUCGUCCCAUCUUUCGACGACCAUGGCGACGGUAGGAGGAGGUGGGACCAGCACGGGGCACGGACCGCCCGCCCACUCAUCCAUAGGAGCUCGAACUUGAGAUGGCGAACGCCGUGCCUGGCUGGGGGGGUGGCUGGGGUUGGGUAGAGUCAUUGAGCCGCUUUUAUAUUCUAGAUCUCUGGAAAAAUCAAAGGGUUUCCACACGAGGAAUGUCCAUAUGCAAGCAGAUGAAUAUAUGGAUGCAGAGCCUCAGCCUCUGUUGGUAGUGCUUUUAUUGGCCUGUAAGAUCGGAUGAUCGAGGUCUCUUCCGUCACUCGACUAAUCCAUUGAAUCACUCAACUCCUCCUUCAUCCAAGUCGUCAUUGUCAUCAUUAAUGGCAACAUCCGUGUUAAAAUAAUCGUUGCUCAGUGUAUUCUUCGGAUUGGUGAUGAUCGGGCAGAGCAUGGAGAUAGCGCCCAAGUCUGUCGAAAACCAUCGUCACUCAUUCCUACUAAAGAACAAAAGCCAACUUCUACUACAACUACUACUACUGCUACUGCUACCACGAUUACAAGAUGAGAACAAAAAUAACCAUGAUAAUAAACCAUUACAGGAGACAUCAAGGUGAAUAGAGUAUUAUAUUCUGUUGAA